AUGACAACAAAGGCGCUGAGACAACUGGGAUUCCAGCCAUGGGAUAGAUGGGCAGCCAAAUUCGAAGACUACAUAGCGGUCAGCUACCCCGAAGCAGCAGACGAGCAGAAGACAAGGAUUCUAAACGCUCGACCGAGACACGAACUACCACGAGACGUGCCGCUUCUUAGAGGAGAAGUUCACGGCCGAUGCGAACCCCAUGACAUCCCGAGCAGCGCUCAAGAACUGCAAGCAAGAGCCAAAAGAAAACGUUCUGCAGUUCCUGGAUCGGCUGACAGGAAUCCACAGGGUCCGACAAAACGUCUCGUUCCAACUGAUCGCUCAAGGCGUAUCAACCAUCGAAUGCAGAACACUGGAGUAUGUGUUACCAUCCCAGCGUCGACCAGGAGAGUUGAUCGAUCGCACAAGGAAACAAGCGAAUGGAACAGAUUCAACCGCGCACCCGACCAACGAUGCAGUAUAGGGCACCGACAGUCUGCUUCAUGUGUAACAGAGAAGGCCACAUACAACGAAAUUGCCCGAUUGGACAAUGACACCGACAGGUUCGACCGAUUGUGCCGCGGAUCCCGCGACCAGCGCGAGUACAGGAACAACUACCGGAACGACUACAGAGACAACGACAGGUACUACUACCAAAGAGAUCAAAACGAUUUUCGCGGAAACAUGAGGCAUCGCCGAUACGAAGAAUUCAUCACAGACCCCAUCCAGCAGAAAUCAUUGAAAACGACGCGUGACGCUCUUGUUGCGGCGGAAAGGGAAUUGGACGAAGCAACUACUGCCCUCGAGAUUCUUGAGAAGCAGGAGAAGACAAGGAAGGUAUCGACAGGAGCUCAUGGCUGA